AUGUACUCAGUUAUCGAAACACAGAAAGGAAAACCAUGUUUACUAUUUAAUGGCUAUCGGUAUUUGAAAGAUAGAACGCGUAAUAAUAGAAUUAAAGAAAUAAAAAAUGACUACGCAUUCAAUGUAGCAAGUGUGAAGCAAGGUGCGGCUCAACAAAGAAAAGUACCACGGCGGAAAAUUUAUGUAAUCAGAAAUGCAUGGAUUUUGGAUUUAAUGGAACGUUAUAAAAAAGGCACAUUAACUAAGGAUGAUUAUCUAUCAAAAAUUAGUAAAACAAUUGGUGAAAAACAUAAGAAAAUACCAAUAACAGAUGAACCAACAAUAGCUCUGUAA